UGCUGCAACCAGUGUUUGAAUUUGCUACAAGCGUUUAAAUUGUUAUAAUUUGUUCAUUAAAAAAUUGCAUCCACGUUUGGUUGCAACCUGAGUUCGUUUGAUUUUUUGCUACAACCGGUAUCAAUUUUUGCUACAACCAUUCACUAAAAAAGUUAUAUACACGUUCGUCACCAGAUUGUUUUGCUAUCACGCAUCAUGUGUGAUCGAAAUUUGCUACAUCGUUGUUUAUUUUUGCUUCAAUCGAUGAUUUUUGCUGCAUAGACGGAUCUGACGGUCAAACCAGAUCCAACAAAAAUCAACAUGAUAAGUUUUUUAAUUCGAAACUUGUUAGGGGCCGCACGAACGCGUACCUCUCUAUCACAAAUUAUGACGUCCAUUCUUCUACAAAGAGAAGAUGAUAGAUCAACGCGCUCACAAUGUGCAAUGUAAACCGUUAACCUAGGCCACGAGCCAUGGCGAGUCGCAGCGUUCCUUCCCCACCGGUUUCGACCACGACCCGCGUACUCCCUCGCCCGCGUUUAGCGCCGGCCUCAACACACAGUACAACUACUCACCGCCGACGUACUCGUCAGCAGCCGCGCAUGCAUCGUCUCUGCGACGUGGCGUCCUUCCGUUCGCGCCCACUCCAUCGCUCCAGUUUAACUACGCCGACGCCACCGACAUGGACGAGAUCAUCACAAGCGGCUCUGUCGUCGCCCGCGUCACACCCGAAGUUCGGCGCGCAAGAUGAAACAAUGGACACCACCAGCGACAUCGACGACUAGCUCUACGACGACGAGGAGGGGGAGGGGGAGGACGAGGCGGUGGAGGUGGAACCUGAUCCAGUGUCGAAGAAGGGAAGGGAGAGAAAGUGGGCGGCAAACGUCAAGCCGGCCGAACCUCUCGUCAAGUGGACGUCCAAGCAAGACGAGUGCCUUGCCCAAGCGUGGAAGUGUGUCAGCAUCGACCCGAUCACUGGCACGAAUCAGAACAGCGACACGUACUGGGGAGAAUCAAAACGGCGUUCGACGAACGCAAGUUGGUCGACCACGACUUCGCCAGCAUCCACAUGGACCGUGGCGAUGAGGCGAUGGCGAACCGCUGGUCGACUACCCAGACGGCCCGCAAAAAGUGGCAUGGCAUCAUGGAGGAAGUUGCAGCUUGCCCGGAAAGCGGCGCCAACGUCAAGGGUCAGAUGCUUUGGAUGUUCGCCAUGUACCGCGCCGACAAUGAGGACCAAGAGUUUAGGUUCCUUCACGUGUUUUCUAGGAUCCAUUCGUGCGAGAAGUGGAGGGAAGUUCGGCUCGCUCUCGACAAGGCCAAGGAGACCUACAACCCAGACGCGCAUGCCCCCGCUGCGGCAGAAGGGCGCCCAGAUGGUACAAAAAAAGCCAGGGGCGGCGAGGGGCGCAGUGCCCGCUGCCCAACGGCUGCAGGCUUCGAUCGAGCAAUGUAUCGCCGACGUCAAGAGCAAUGUUGCCAAGAGGGAGGAGAAAUCCGACAUGCGGUGCUCGGCGUUGAUGAUCAACGUCGUUGUAAAGAAGAGGAACACCGAUCUGGAGUUCUUGAUGGGGGCAAACACGUUGACAAUGGACAAAAAGGUGAAGGUGUGGUACAUAGUACAACGUGACUUCAUCUUGAACAAGAUGAUAGCGCCGAUGGCGAUCGCAACUAUGACCACAACAGCGACCGCAACGACGACCACGACGACAACACCCAGCCACGCAGAGCGCACGCCGACCGCGAGCCCGACUACGCCGACGACGAAAAGCCCGACGACUCCGAUGAUGAGGCCGUCAACGCCGGUGGAGGAGGAGCCGCACCCGUUGAGUCGACCGUGUGAUCCGUUUUUUAUCCUUUCCUUUUGAUUGACGAACUAUUGGUGUGUUUGAUCGCCAAACUAUGACACUAAUUGCCGAACUCGCGACGUGUUUUUGAUGACGGGAAAGUGGAAUUUGAAAACGUUGACGUCUGGGGCCGAAACCUCGGGGCGCGGCUAGAAACUCGCUCGCCCCAGGCUGAGAAUAGCGUCGACGCGUCAAAAAAGGCUAUCGCCGGACGCACUGGAAGCCAAACGGCUGGAGAUGCUUUAAGGCCCUCCACUAUGGAGGUCAA